CGAUUUAAGCGUAGAGUUUAGACGCACCAACAAUUGCAAAAACUUAGCUUUCCAUCUCUCCGCCAACCAGCCAGCCAGCAAUUCCAGGUUUACCAAAACACAAAUCAAUCAUUUAAUCUCGUAAAAAAACAAAGAAUCUUUUAAUUAAUCUGAAUUUGAUUCCAACCAAAUCACUUCUACAUCUGUUCUUAUUAGAACUCCCCUCUUUUCUCUAUCUUUUAAUUAAUUAAACAACAAAAAAAUCAAAUUACAAAUUAUAAUUAUUAUGAUUAACCACAAAAACAAAUCCCAAAUUACAUGAAAUUCUUUCUCUUCCUCCUCCUUCCGUACAAUCCCUUGCUUAUUUCUCUCUUUCCCUCUUUCUCUCUCUAAAAAAACACCUUUCAAAUUCCCCUACUUUCCUCCCUUUUUCACUCAAAUUCUCCAAUUUUCAGCAAAAUUGCAAAACCCCAUUUCAGGGAAUCAACAAAUUCGACAUUUUUCUCAUCCGGGUGUUCGAUUUUAUGGCGGGAAAUCGAGCUGGGGGUCGAAUUCAGAGGUAUUUGUGAAGUGGGUAAUUGUUAAAGAAGCUUGAAUUUUUGAAUGGCAGCAAGUGCAAACCCAUCUGGGAAUCAACACCACCAAGAACAAUCCUCUUUCAAUGGCGGUGGUGGUGGGCCCGCUGCCUCUACUAGUAAUGGUAAUUCGGGUCAGGUUCAUGAUAAUUCGGGUACAGGUUCGGCUAUGAAGCAUAAUCCUGGAAUUUCUACUGAUUGGACUGCUGAGGAGCAAGCAAUCUUGGAUAAUGGGCUUACCCAAUAUGCUUCAGUAUCAAGCAUUAUUCGCUAUGCCAAGAUUGCUAUGGAGCUGCCAAAUAAGACGGUGCGUGAUGUGGCACUACGCGCUAGAUGGCUAAAUAAAAAGGAGAUGAGCAAGAGAAGAAAAGAGGAUCAUUCGAGGAAAAGCAAAGAUAAAAGGGAAAAAGUCACAGAAUCAACAUCGAAGUCAUCUCAAUUGCAUGCAUCAAGGCCUGGUGGUCAUCCUUAUCCUGUGCCAGCAGUUUCCUUAGAUGAUGAAGAUGGCAUUUCUUACAAAGCAAUUGGUGGCCAUACUGGAGAGCUACUUGAGCAAAAUAAACAGUUCUUCCACCAAAUUAGUGUCAACUUUACGACAUUUCAGACGCAGGAGAAUAUCGCCCUCUUUUACCGAGCACGCAAUAAUAUCCAAACAAUCCUGGAAAAUUGCAAAGUGAACGACACUCCAGAAAUAAUGAAACAAAUGCCUCAGUUGCCGGUAAAGUUGAAUGAAGAGCUAAUAAAGACCAUCCUCCCCCCUUAGAAGAAUCACCCAGAAGCCAUGUUUGUUUGGAGGUGUUCUAUAAUUCUAUAAUCAUCUCUUGCUAAAAGUAGCCAGUUAAACCAGUUAGCAAAACUACCAUCAUCUUCAACUAGAUGGUUCUCUUCUGUUUAUUACAAUUUACAAAUGUGAAAUUUUAUAAGAAAACUUAGUUUUAUUUUACUUUACUUUGCUAUUUUCUUUUUCUUUUUCUUUUUCAUUUUACAUAGUUUGUGUAGUAAUUAAUAUUGGAUAUUCUUGGAAGUUAGAAACUAGAAAAAUAAUAAAUAAUGUAGGUCAAUAUUUGUUUAGCCUAUUUUGUAAUGUUAAUUUUUUGGGUAAAAUAUCUACUUCAUCUUGUAAUGUCCAUAAGUGCUUUAGUUUUCAA